GGAGGACUAUUUGGUCUACGCCUACCGCACAGAGACAGAGGAGGAGGCCACAGCAGCACACCGCUCUUUCUCCUUCCCCUCACUCAUUUUCUUUUUCUCUCUCACACACACACACAGUAAACAGAAGAAGCAGGAGCAGCAAAAGCCUACCCCCACCAUUAUUAAUAAGAAUUCCCAGAUUGGAUAGAAUCUCUAUAAAGACUCUCCUCUCUCCUACCCUUCAUUUCUCUCUCUUCUUCCUUCCACUACAAAUUUCUGCCCCUUUUUUCUCUCUCUUGGAGGCUCUCAUGGUUUAAGAGUGUAUAUGAAUGAAUGAAUCCAUGGAGCUUGGUUUAAGUUUAGGCGGAGAUUGCAGUAAUAAUAUCAAUAGUAAUAACAGUAAUACUAAUUCUGCAUCCAAACCGUUCGGUUUAUCGAAGAACGGGAGUGUUACUGACGGACCCGACCCGUUUAGCCACAAGAACAACAAAGAUGGGGACGUUGGGAAUUCCGAGCUCGGGUUGGGUUUCUGCAUGGCUUUGGGUUCAAGCUCAAAUGGUACGGAUUUGGUAAAUGGUCGUCAUGACGAUGAAGGUGGAGAGGAAGAGGAGGAGGAAGACGACGAUCGGACGUCGUCGGAGCAUACCAGAGAUGAUCCUCUUCAGCUUGAUCUUCUCCCUCGGGCUCCGGUCCCUCGCCGUUGGUCUUCCGAGAACGGGAGUUCGGGUUCAUCAGGGAACUUGGGUAUGCAUCCGGCUGCGCCGGUUAGGGGAUUUGAUGUGAACCGGUUUGCCGGUGGCGGUAGUUUAGGGGCGGCGGCGGAUGAAGUGACGUCUCCUAAUAGUGUGGCGUCGUCAUUUCAGAUGGAUUUUAGCCUUUUCAGAGGCAAUGGGAAUCUUGUCAGUAAUCAUAAAAGGGAUUUCGGAGCGGGUGCCAACGACGUCGUUGAGGGUGAAAGAGGUUCAUCCAGAGCCAGUGAUGAAGACGAAAAUGGCCCCAAUGGCCGGAAGAAACUCCGGCUCUCUAAAGAACAGUCUGCUUAUCUUGAAGAAAGUUUCAAAGAACACAACACUCUCAAUCCUAAGCAAAAACUUGCACUUGCCAAGCAGCUUAAUCUUAGACCCCGCCAAGUUGAAGUAUGGUUUCAAAAUAGAAGAGCCAGAACGAAAUUGAAGCAAACGGAAGUGGAUUGUGAGUAUUUGAAAAGGUGUUGCGAGACAUUGACUGAAGAGAACCGAAGGCUGCAUAAAGAGUUGGCUGAAUUAAGAGCUUUGAAGUCUUCUAACCCAUUCUACAUGCAACUUCCGGCCACCACUCUCACCAUGUGUCCCUCUUGUGAGCGUGUGGCAACAACUAACACCGGCGGAGCACCGCCGCCGCCGUCAACCACCGCCGCCACCACCACAACCUCCGCAAACCCCGCUACUUCUCCUCCCACAACUGCCGUAGUUUCUCCGCCAGCAUCAUCUAGCCCGGAGUCAACUGCAAAAGCAAUCCCAUUUGGUGUUGCUCGACCAAAGUUCUUUCCUUUGGCUCACACAACCACCAACCAACAUCCCCACCAGUCAGCUGCCUCAUAAUUAUGCCAAUACCAAACAAACAAAACAACGGUCCAUUCUGAUCUUCCCCCAAGUCAAUUAAAAUACCCAAUACCUUUUAUGACUUCCCGUGUUGACAUUUUACUAAAAUAGUGGCAUGGCCAUGUGUACAUAUAGCAAAUGGAAAUCUUUGGUUGGUUGAUUGAUGGUGGGCUUGAUUUUUUUUUUUUUUCGAUGAUGGGUGUUCAUCAUCUUGGAGCAAUUUUUUUGGCUCAGUGAUGUAUGGAAUGAAUUGUAGCUCUAGAAGAAGAACUAGGAAGUCAUUAAAAAAAAAGAAAAAGAAAAAAGGAGUAGAGGAUUUUCUUUAUUAUUAGGAAGUAAAAUUUUAGUACUCUCUGCUUGGAUUUGUGAAAUGGAAUUCCUUUCUUUAUUUGUGUAAUUUUGGAGGAGGGUUUUUAUUUUUUAAUUAUUAUUUUGGUUGGGGAUUGAUUGAUUGUUUUUAUUUUUGAUAAAAUGAUGAUGAUGACAAGGGAAUGAUGGAUGGAUGGAUGAAUGAAUGGGACUAGUGAAGUAGUAGUAUCAUGUAAUGUUGGUUUGUCCCGUGGUUCAAGGCAUGCUUUAAGAAAGGUUGUCUCGUUUUUGGUGGCCUUUUUUUUCUUCUUCAAUGAUUUUGAUUCAUUCAAACCUCAUUGAUGAUGAUGAUGAAUUGAUGAUGAUGAGAUUGAGAGAAGGCGUGGGGAGAAGUUGGACUGAUUGGGGGCUGCCGGGCGGGGUGGACAAUUGACCCUCAGAAAUUCUGACUCACUUUUUAUAAGCUCUUUGGGCUAAAAUAGCCUAUCAUAUAUACUACUACUAGCUUUUACUCUUGGGGAAGAAACUAGUCUAAUUAGUAUAAUAGGUGGAAAUGUAUUGAGUAGGAUUGGAAUGGAUGGAUGGAGGAAGGCUGGGCUGCUGGCUGGGCAUGGCAGCAUAAUUGAUGAAUGUUGUCUGGAAAAGUGAGGUACGCUUUUAUGACUACCAAUUAUGAGUGCACACGAGCCAAGUACAUUUCUCAUUAUUGAAUUUCUUAACGUCCCUUUGGCACGAGACUGAGCACGAGACUCUCAUUCACCUUUUUAACCCCAACCCCCCUUUUUUUUUCCCCCCCUUUUACUGGAUUUGGGUUUUCAUGUCUUUAUACAAAUUACAUGGUGUCUCGAAUUAUUGCUUUUAUUGUUACAAACUUGAUUUAUCUAUAGUUGUAUUGAGUAGAUUUGUUUGGAGAGGUAUAAAGACUCGAGUUAGAACGUUCCAAC